GUGAAGUCUUUUAAACAGCUCACCCAUGGCCGCGCGGGCUAACAAAUAUGGUGAAAUUUCGGAGGGCGGCAGGGGAGCGCUGGAAGGCCGGAGAGCGCAGGAGAGGUCGGUCGACGACUGGCUCCCGAUUACCUCCUCGAGGAACGCCAAGUGGUGGUACUCCGCGUUUCAUAAUGUCACCGCCAUGGUCGGAGCCGGCGUCCUCAGCCUGCCGUACGCCAUGUCCGAGCUCGGCUGGGGCCCUGGCAUCGCGGCGCUGCUCCUGUCGUGGAUCAUCACGCUCUACACGCUGUGGCAGAUGGUGGAGAUGCACGAGGCGGUGCCGGGGACGAGGUUCGACCGGUACCACGAGCUCGGGCAGCACGCCUUCGGCGACAAGCUCGGGCUCUGGAUCGUCGUGCCGCAGCAGCUCGUCGUCGAGGUCGGCCUCAACAUCGUCUACAUGCUCACCGGCGGCAAGUCGCUCCAGAAGUUCCACGAGAUCGUCUGCAAAGGCAGGGGCUGCAAGGACAUCAAGCUCACCUACUUCACCAUGAUCUUCGCCUCCGUCCAGUUCGUCCUCUCCCAGCUCCCCAACUUCGACGCCAUCUCCACCAUCUCCCUCGCCGCCGCCAUCAUGUCAAUCUGCUACUCGACGAUUGCAUGGGGGGCUUCCUUGGACAGUGGAUGGAAGGCGGCGGGGCAGGUGAACUACCACCUGCACGAGACGUCGGCGGCGGGGAAGGUGUUCGGCUUCUUCGAGGCGCUGGGGGACGUGGCCUUCGCGUACGCCGGCCACAACGUCGUGCUGGAGAUCCAGGCCACCAUCCCGUCCACGCCGGAGAUGCCGUCCAAGAAGCCCAUGUGGAAGGGCGUGGUCGUCGCCUACGUCAUCAUUGCCCUCCACUACUUCCCCGUCGCGCUCAUCGGCUACUGGGCCUUCGGCAACGCUGUAAAGGACAACAUCCUCCUCACCCUCGACAAGCCCAAGUGGCUCAUUGCCACCGCCAACAUGAUGGUCGUCCUCCAUGUCGUCGGAAGCUACCAGGUUUACGCCAUGCCCGUGUUCGACAUGAUCGAGAUGGUGCUGGUGAAGAAGCUUCGGUUCCCUCCCGGCUUGCCGGUCCGUUUGGUUGCCCGGACCGCCUAUGUUGCGUUCACAAUGUUCAUAGCCAUCACCUUCCCCUUCUUCGGUGGGCUGCUUGGAUUCUUCGGUGGAUUCGCGUUCGCACCUACGACUUAUUUUCUUCCCUGCAUCAUGUGGCUGGCAAUCCACAAGCCCAAAAGAUUCAGCCUCUCAUGGUUCACUAACUGGAUCUGCAUCGUCCUUGGAUUCAUGCUUAUGAUACUAUCACCCAUCGGAGGACUCAGGCGGAUUAUAAAGAAUGCCUGGGAUUACAAUUUCUACUCGUAGAUUCUGGAUUAGUAUUCUACUUGGACAAAAAAAAUUGGAGAGAAAAACCAGACACCGUAAUGCCACAUCAUAACUGGGAUCCAUAAGUGUAAGGUUAGACUAUCGCCCUGCGUAUGGAUAGAAGAUUACCGACGUGUCAAGAAUCGCCCAACAUGCCAUAGCUCCAAUGGAAAGGGUUCUUUAGGAAUCAGUUGUAAAUAGGUAAUGUGUCUGGUUGUAUAUGUGUAUCUAUAUUGUAGGAUCAACUUCGCUUCGCUUUUAUAUUCACAAAAGAGAAUCGCUAUUGGUUUCGCUAUUCA